AUGGCUUACUCUGCUCUACAAUCAUCAUCAUACGGUAAAGACAAUGUCAAAUUCCUAAAAGUUAAAAAAGAUCCUCAAAACCCAAAGAAACAUGAAGUCAUUGAAGCUACUGUUAAAGUCUUGUUGGAAGGUAACUUUGAUGUCUCUUAUACUGAUGCUGAUAACUCACCAAUCGUCCCAACUGAUACCGUUAAGAACACAAUCUUGAUUCUUGCUAAAACUACAGAAGUUUUCCCAAUUGAAAGAUUUGCUGCAACUAUCGGUGCACACUUCAUCAAGAAAUAUUCACACGUCUCUGGUGUUUCUGUCAAUGUUAUCCAAGAUCGUUGGGUCAAAUAUGAUGUCAAUGGUUCAUUACAUGAUCACUCUUUUAUCCAUCAAGGCCCAGAAAAGAGAAUCACUGAUUUAUACUACAAGAGAACUGGUGAUUACACUUUAACUUCAUCAAUUAAAGAUUUAACAGUUUUGAAAUCAACAGGUUCUCAAUUCUAUGGCUACAAUGUCUGUGAUUACACCACUUUGAAACCAACAACUGAUCGUAUCUUAUCUACUGAUGUUGAUGCUUCAUGGAAAUUUGACUCUAAAAAAUUGGGUCCAAUUUCAAGUAUUGCUAAAUUAGCUGAAUCUGGAUUAUUUGAUAAAACUUACCAAGCUGCUAGAAAAAUCACAUUGGAUAGAUUUGCUUUAGAAAAUUCUGCAUCAGUUCAAGCAACUAUGUAUAACAUGUCUACAGAGAUAUUGAAAGCUGUUCCUGAAGUUGAAAGUGUUUCUUACCAAUUGCCAAACAAACAUUACUUCUUGUUUGAUUUUGAAUGGAAGGGCUUAAAGAAUGAUAAUGAAUUAUUUUAUCCAUCUCCACAUCCAAAUGGUUUGAUCAAAUGUGAAGUUGUUCGUGAUUCAAAAGCUAAAUUAUGA